AUGUUCUAUUAUUAUUAUUAUCAUCAUUAUCAAUUGAUAUUUUAUUUUUUUAUCUUAUUUAUUAAUAAAACAUUAUCAACAACAGAACGUUAUGCACAUCGUCGUGGUGAUGUUACAUUAGGUGGUUUAUUUCCUGUACAUGAAUAUGGAAAUCCACGUGAACCAUGUGGAACAAUAAGUGAAUUUCGUGGUAUACAACGUUUAGAAGCAAUGCUUUUUGCUAUUGAACAAAUAAAUAAUGAUAAACAAUUAUUACCUGGUAUUGAAUUAGGUGCACUUAUAUUUGAUACAUGUUCAGAUGAUAAUUAUGCAUUAGAACAAUCAUUAAGAUUUGUACGUAGUCGUUUAGCAUCAGGUACAUGUAUAUGUAUAAAUACAUCAACACCAGAAUUAUUUCAUAAUGAUAAUAUAUUUGGUGUUGUUGGUGCAACAUUAAGUUCAGUUAGUGUACAUGUUGCUAAUUUAUUACGUUUAUUUCAAUUACCACAAAUAUCAUAUGCAUCAACAACACCGAAAUUAAGUGAACCAUCAUUUGAUUAUUUUGCUCGUACUGUUCCGUCCGAUUCUAAUCAAGCACGUGCAAUUGUUGAUAUAUUACAAUCAUUAAAUUUUACAUAUGUUAAUGCUAUUUAUUCACAUGGUGAUUAUGGUGAAGGUGGUUUUCGAGAAUUUAAACGUUUACUUAAAUUAUCAACAAAUAUUGAUGAUGAUAUAAAUAUAUAUAAAAAACGACAACAACGUAUAUGUAUUUCUGAUGAACAACGUUUAAAACGUGAUGCAUCAAUAUAUGAUAUUAAAAUAAUAUUAGAAACAAUGUUAGAACGUAUUAAACCUGAUGUACAAGCACGUGUUUAUGUUUUAUUUGUUACAAAAGAAGAUGCAAGAAAAUUAUUACAAGCAAUUAAAUUAUUUAAUGGUACAUAUCGACCUGUUUUAAUAGCUAGUGAUGCAUGGGGUAAAGAAUCAUCAGUUGUAAUUAAUGGUGAAACAGAUGAAAUAGCUGUUGGAUCAUUAACACUUGAACUUGUAUCAAUUCAACCAUCAAAUUUUGAUCGUUAUUUUAAUGCACUUAAACCUGAUAUAAUAAAUAGAAAAAUUUAUGAAAAUUCUCAUGAUGAAAAAUUAAAAUCAUCUAGAAAUCCAUGGUUUAAUGAAUUUUGGGAAAAUCGUUUUGGUUGUAAUUUAACAUCAACAAUAUGUGCUAAUCAUCAAUUAAAUGAAACAAAUUGGGAUAGUAAAUUACAAUUUAUUGUUGAUGCAACAUAUGUAUUUGCACAAGCAUUACAUUCAUAUUUAAAUUGUACAUCAUUAAAAUGUUCAAAUAUUUCUUUAAAUCAUAUAAAUGGUACAAAAUUAUUUCAAUUGAUUUUAGAAAAAACAUUUUUGGUACCUGAUUUUCGACAAAUACAAUUUAAUUCUGAACGUUUUGUACCAGGUCAUUAUCGUAUAUAUAAUUAUCGUCGAUCACAUUUAGUAUCAUCAGAUAUAAAUGCAUUACCAUAUGAAUAUGUAUCUGUUGGUGAAUGGAAAACAGGUCGAAAUAAAAAUGGUCAAUUAAAUUUAGCUAUUGAUUCAAUUGUAUGGCCAGGUACAAAUAUUCAUAAUCUAUUAUCAACAACAACAAUAAUUCCUAUAUCACGUUGUUCAACACCAUGUCGUGUUGGUGAAUUAAGACAAUUUCAAGGUGAUUCAUGUUGUUGGGUAUGUACACCAUGUAAUGAAACAUCUAUUGUUGUUGAUUUACAAGAACAUGAAUAUUGUGAACCAUGUUCUAUUGGAUAUUGGCCAACAAUAAAUCGUACAUCAUGUUAUAAACUUGAAGAAACAUAUAUUGAUAUAUUAUCAAUACAAGCAUUAAUACCAAUAUGUUUAUCAAUUAUUGGAAAUAUAUUUACAUUAUUUAUUGUUAUACUUUUUUAUAAAAAACGUGAAACACCUGUUGUUAAAGCAAGUGGAAAAGAACUUUGUUUUAUUAUGUUAGCUGGAAUACAUUUAUGUUAUUUAAUGACAUUUCCUAUAUUAUUAAAACCACAUGUUAUAACAUGUAUUAUUCAACGUUUAGGUAUUGGUUUAGGUUUUUCAAUGAUGUAUGCAGCAUUAUUAACAAAAACAAAUCGUAUUGCAAGAAUAUUUGAAAGUACAAAAAAACAAGGUAAAUUACGUCCUCAAUAUAUAUCACCAAAUUCUCAAGUAGCUAUUUGUUCAUGUUUAAUAUUGGUUCAACUUCUUCUUUCAUUAUUAUGGCUUGCAUAUGAACGUCCUGCUGUAGAUUUAAUAGCUUAUGAUCGUUUAGUUACACUUAAAUGUCAUAUGAAUAAACAUUCAUUUCUUUUUUCAUUAACUUAUAAUGUUUUACUUGUACUUGUAUGUACAAUGUAUGCUAUACGUACACGUAAAGUACCAGAAAAUUUUAAUGAAACAAAAUUUAUUGGUUUUACUUGUUAUACAACAUGUAUUAUUUGGUUAGCAUUUCUUCCGAUAUAUUUUACAGCUUAUGAAACUGGUCGUCAUCAAGUACACAUAGCAACUCUAUGCAUAACAAUAUCUUUAUGUGCUACAGUAGCAUUAGCUUGUUUAUUUUCACCUAAAGUUUAUAUUAUACUUAUACAUCCUGAAAAAAAUAUGCGUUUAACAAAACAAGUGAAAGCUCAAGCAGAUACAUUACCAUUUUCAUCAAAAGAUCCAAUACAAACUAAUCAUCAAAAAUUUACUCAUGAUAUAUCAAAUAAUGAUUUAUCAUCAAAAUCUAUAAAUAAUAAUGAUUAUGAAGAAAAUUCUCAACCAUUUGUAUCAAAAUUAGCAGUAAAAUUUCAAUCUAUACCAAAAGAUUGUAAAAAAUGGGAUAAAACAACCAAAAAACCUAAACAAAAUCAAUCAACUAUGAUAACAAAAACAACAACACAUUCAGAAAAUAUUUUAAAUAAUGAAAAAUAUCAAGUUAAAAUUAAAAAAUAUAAUCAUGAUGAUGAUGAUAGUCUCAAUUCAAAUCCAAUACAAGAUGAAGAAGGAAUGUUAUAA